AUGGAUAACUUCAUUUUCCUGAAUCCAGCACUGAAUAGCAACUGCACUAAUCUGUACGCCGAGGAGAGCUAUUGUGUUCUACCAGUCGGGGAUAUUAAUACAUAUUCUGGGAAGCCCGGAUAUGUGUCUACCCCAACUGGAUCUGAGCCAACGACCACUGGGAUUCGAUUUGAAGAUCGACCUGAUGCGACUGAAAAGCCGUACCCUAGACCACCCCCAGGCCCACCUAUUGCUGAGGGCACUCGGGAUGACUGCAACUACUAUUUUGAUGGCGCUGAGUUUCAGUAA